GCAGCAGUCCAUUCACGGUGACGCUGACGCAUACACGGUGCCCGAGCAACCGCGUUCGCGCCGGUGGUCCCCGAGUCGGUUCGGUCCCCGCAGAACCGAUAGCGCGCAAUCAAAUUUGCUAGUCGCCGCGAUCGUCCGCCUUAUUGCGAACUAAGCGGUAGGCAUUGUCCGCGAAAAGAGAAAAAAUUCCAAGACAAUUUGAAAUAAAAUUUAAAACGAAAUAUUUUUAAUAGGAAUAAGUGCAAAUAAUAAUUAACGGGAUAAGAAGCAGCUUUCUUUCGAGAAGAGAGAGACCUCAAGUGACUUCUGUGAAAAUCGGCAGAAAAUUUAACGAAGUGAAGUUUCCAUGAGGAAAUUAGAGAAAUAGGACGAAGAAGAAAAGCAAGACUCCGUUCGCGAGUUAAUUGUUUAAUAAUUAGACAAUUGAUAGAAGAACUGUUGUAUCUCCUGAAACAACGUUGUUAGACAAUUCUCAGUUCGACAUAUCGUAAAGUGGUCGUUCAUCGUUUUUCGUGAGGACACAGACGAGGACGCACUGAAGAUAAAGACUAUUGAUAAAGAAAAACUUCCUGUCAUACUCUUCAAAAUCUACAAAAGUCAAUAGAUUUGCCUUUGGCCCUUCGACUACCUGCCUCGACAAACUUAUGGCUAGUCUGAGAUAAGAGCAACUAACAAGCGGCCUUCGAGGUCGGGUCGCGAGGCCGAAUGGAAUCGCUGGACCGGAGCUUCGACACCUUCGGCACGGCCGGCAUAAUGGACGGCACGGACACGUGGUUGCCGCGCGUCAUGGACAACGUUACGCACAGCACCAUCGUCGACUCGGAACUGUCGAGAUUUCCGAAGCCCUUGAGAACCUUCGCGGCGGUAGUGGCAAUCAUCAUCAUGAUUAUUGGUCUUGCCGGUAAUCUACUGACGAUCGUUGCUUUGUGUAAAUAUCCCAAAGUUCGCAAUGUUGCAGCGGCCUUCAUCAUAAGCUUGUGCAUCGCGGACUUCGUGUUCUGCCUGCUGGUGUUACCGUUCGAUUCUAUCAGGUUCAUCAAUGCCGGUUGGGCGGACGUACGAUUCUUCUGCGUCUUCGUACCCUUUUUGCGGUACGGAAACGUCGGCGUCAGUCUCCUGUCUGUCGCAGCAAUUACUAUCAACAGAUACAUUAUGAUAGCGCAUCACGCGAUUUAUAGCAGAGUUUAUAAGAAGUACUGGAUAGCCACGAUGAUAAUCUUCUGUUGGGUAUUCUCUUACGGAAUGCAGAUACCUACACUGGUGGGAGUGUGGGGUAAGGAUUAUUACGUUAAGCUCCUAAUAUGACAUAAA